AUGGAUAUUAAGAAAGAUGUGGGAAAUAACAUGCUGUUUUUGGUGAUUGCUGGGCUUGUGCUUUGCAGGGAGAAUGCAGUGAUACUGAUUUUAUGCAGGAAUGGAGACAAGGAUGGCAUAACGGGGAGUAUAAAGAAUUUUGAGGAUGUGUUCAACAGGAAGUUUGGAUAUCCGUAUGUGUUUCUGAACGAUGAGGAGUUUACGGAGGACUUUAAGAAAUCGAUUAGGGGCGUUGUGUCGAGUGAUGCUGAGUUUGGAAAGCUAGAAGCACAAGAGUGGGAGGUUCCGGAGUGGAUAGACAUGCAGAGAGCAAAUGAGGAGAUGAGGAAGCUAGAGGAGAGAAAUGUGAUAUAUGGAGGGUCGUUAUCGUACAGGAAGAUGUGCAGGUUUUUUUCAGGGUUUUUCUAUAGAAACAAGUUAGUGCAAAAGUACGAGUACUACUGGAGGAUCGAGCCUGAUGUGAGGUUUCUCUGUGAAAUAGAUUAUGAUCCGUUCAGGUACAUGAGGGAAAGCAGCAAGAAGUAUGGGUUUGUGAUAUCUCUUGGAGAAUUUAUGGAGACGAUUCCCAGCCUGUUUGGAGAGGUUGUAAAGUUUGUUACCAACAAUAUGAACAUACUGAAGAAGGUGAGUGGAAACAGUUUUUUGCUAAAUGCAGAUGGAUCGUACAAUGGAUGCCACUUCUGGACAAACUUUGAAAUAGCAAGCUUUGAUGUGUUCAGGAACGAGGUGUAUCAGAAGUAUUUUGACUGGCUGGAUAGGACAGGAGGAUUUUUCUACGAAAGAUGGGGAGAUGCGCCUGUGCAUAGCAUUGCAGCAUCGCUAUUCUUGGACAAGGACCAGGUUCAUUUCUUCAGCGACAUGGGAUACGAGCAUCCGCCAUUCAAGAACUGCCCGAAGGAGGCCUCUAUGAGGAUGAAGUGCAGAUGCAACUCCACGCCAUCGCAAGAUAUUUCGUUUAACACGUGUAUUAACCAGUACCUGAAGUCUAGGCUAUGA